CUUCGGACCACGUGAUUUCUCGGCAGCGGCCGCGGGUUCCAAGCACUAGCCCGCAGCGCCCGGCGUCUGCUUUCAGUUUCCUGCAGAGCGCGGACGAGCCGGGAGCGCGGCGGAACCUGCACCAUGGAAACACCUGCAAACCCAGCUCCAGGGACAAGACAGGGCCCAGACACCCAUUGAGACCCUCUCCAUGAGGACCUAGAACAUCUAUCAUGAACCAAGAAGCCAGGGCCAGCUCCUCAUGGACCCCAUUAGCCUCCAGCUGGGCACCAGGAACCUGUGUAGCUGGCUCAUGAAGCUGCUGAGCACACAGCCAGAAUGGUUGAGCACCAAGAUGAAGUUUUUCCUCCCUAACGUUGACCUAGGCUCCAGUGAAGAGGCCCCUGACCCUGAGCAGAGAGUCAUCCUGCAGCUCAGAAUGCUGCACACCCAGGGGCCAGCCACCUGGCAGUCGUUCAUCCACUGCGUGUGCAUGGAGUUGGAGGUGCCUCUGGACCUGGAGGUGCUACUGAUGAGCACUUGGGGCCAGGAAGAUGAGCUGGGAGUGGACGAGAGGCACCGACUUGGACCUCAGCUCCAGCAUGGCCUCAAGCGCCCUCCCCAGAGCUGUGGUUCCUCACCUCGUCAGAAGCGCUGCAGGAAACAACAGCUAGAGCUGGCCAGGAAGUACCUGCAGCUCCUGAGGGCCUCUGCCCGGCGGCAGUGUGGUGAUGGACUCCCCAGGCCAGGGCAGACCCCUACUGCCCAGCAAGCCUACGUCCCCCCAAUCCUGCAGUGGAGCCGGACCACAGCACCCUUAGACACUCGAGAGGGAGCCAUUGUGGGGAACCCCAAGGCAGAAGAUAGCACUAACAUAAGCAUCCAGGACCUCUUCAACUUCAAGGCCAAGGGCCCACAGGUGACAGUGCUCUUGGGUAAGGCUGGCAUGGGCAAGACCACACUGGCCCGCCAGCUCUGCCGGAAGUGGGCUGAUGGUCAGCUGGACCAUUUCCAGGCCCUGUUCCUUUUUGAAUUCCGCCAGCUGAACCUGCUCACGAGCUUCCUGACGCUGCCCCAGCUCCUCUUUGAUCUCUACUUGAGCCCAGAGUCGGGCCCCGACGUUGUCUUCCAGUAUCUGAAGGAGAAUGCCAACCGCGUCCUGCUGAUCUUUGACGGGCUGGACGAGGCUGUCCACCCCUGCUCCAGCAAGGAGACUGUGGCUGCUGGUGGCUCAAGCCCAGCCCUUACCCUCUUCUCCGACCUCUGCCAUGGUACCCUGCUUCCCGGCUGCUGGGUGAUGGCCACCUCCCGUCCGGGGAAGCUGCCUGCCUGCCUGCCCACCGAGGCAGCCAUGGUCCACAUGUGGGGCUUUGACGGACUGCGGGUGGAGGAGUACGUGAGCCACUUCUUCAGUGAGCAUCCAGCACAGGAGGUGGCCCUCGCAGAGCUGCGGGGAAAUGGACAUCUCCAGAGCAUGUGUGCGGUGCCCGCUCUGUGCCAGGUCGCCUGCCUCUGCCUCCGCCAUCUGCUCUCUGGAAAUCCCCCCGGCCAGUCUGCAGCCCUCCUCCCCACGGUGACCCAGCUCUACAUGCAGAUGGUGCUUACCCUCAGCCCCCAUGGGAGUCUGCCUGCCAAAUCCCUGCUGGGCCUGGGAGAGGUGGCCCUGAGGGGACUGGAGACCGGGAAGGUCAUCUUCUACGCAGGAGACAUCCCUCCUGCCAUCAUGGCCUUCGGGGCCACUCACAGCCUGCUGACCUCCUUCUGUGUCCACACAAACCCUGGGCACCAGGUGACAGGCUAUGCUUUUACCCACCUCACCCUGCAAGAGUUUUUUGCUGCCCUGCAUCUGAUGGCCAGCCCCACGGUGGACAAAGACACACUUGCUGGCCAUGUCACUCUGAAUUCCCACUGGGUUCUGCGAACCAAAGCCAGACUUAACCUCUCAGACCACCUCCCCACCUUCCUGGCGGGCCUGGCAUCCCGCACCUGCCAUCCUUUCCUCAAGCACAUGGCUCAGAGGAAUGAGGACUGGGUGGGGGCCAGGCAGGCCACUGUCAUACAGGUGCUGAGGAAGUUGGCCACCCGCAAGCUCACGGGACCAAAGGUGGUGGAGAUGUGUCACUAUGUGGCCGAGACGCAGGAGGCUGAGCUGGCUGGUCUCACUGCCCAAAGCCUCCCCGAUCAACUCCCCUUCCACAAUUUCCCGCUGACCUACAGAGACCUGGCUGCCCUGACCAACAUCCUAGAGCACAGAGCUGCCCCCAUUCACCUGGAUUUUGAGGGCUGCUCACUGGAGCCCCACUGUCCUGAGGCUCUGAUAGGCUGUGGGCAGGUAGAGACUCUCAGCUUUAAGAGCAGGAGGUGCGGGGACGCGUUUGCAGAAGCCCUCUCUAGGAGCCUGCCAACGAUGGGGAACCUGAAGAGGCUGGGGUUAGCAGGAAGUAAGACCACUGCCCGAGGCAUCGGCCACCUGGUGCAGGCCUUGCCCCUCUGCCCGCAGCUGGAAGAAGUCAGUUUCCAGGACAACCAGCUCAAGGAUCAGGAGGUGCUCAGCAUCGCGGAGGUACUUCCCCGCCUGCUGCGGCUCCGGAAGCUCGACCUGAGCCGCAGCAGCUUCUCCACAGCAACAGUACUGUCCUUGGUGAAGGUGGCAGUCAUGUGCCCUACCGUUAGGGUGCUGCAGGUCAGGGAGACAGACCUCAUCUUCCUUCUUUCCCCACUUGAAGGGACAGCUGCAGAGCUACAGAGAACUUCAGACCUACAGGAAAAAGACCGCCAGAGGAAAGAGACCGAGGACAGAAGGCUGGCUCUCAGGCUCCAGAAAUGUCAGCUCAGGGUCCAUAAUGUGGAGGUCUUCAUAGCCCUGCUCCUGGAAGGCCCGCCUCUGGAGGAAGUGGACCUCUCAGGGAAUCAGCUGGAAGACGAAGGCUGCCGGCUCCUGACUGAGGCUGCUUCCCAGCUGCACAUCACCAGGAAGCUGGACCUCAGCGACAGUGGGCUCUCCGUGGACGGCGUGUCCUGUGUGCUGAGCACCCUGAGCACGUGCCAGACGCUGGAAACGCUGCAUAUCAGCCUGCUGCACAGAACUGCGGUCCUCACGUUUACCCAAGAGCCCAAAGAGCAGGAGGGGACCCGGGAGAGGGCUGCAUUUCUUGACAGCCUCAUGUCCCCUCUGUCGUGUGAGCCACCCCUGGGCUCCCGAUGGAUCAGGCUGACGCACUGUGGCUUCCAGACCAAGCACCUGGAGCAGCUCUGCAAGGCGCUGGGAGGAAACCGCCACCUGGGUCACCUCGACUUCUCAGGCAACUCCCUGGGAGAUGAAGGGGUGACCCUGCUGGCCCAGCUGCUCCCUGGGCUGGGCCCCCUGCAGUCCUUGAACCUCAGUGAGAAUGGCAUAUCCCUGAGUGCCGUGUCCAGUUUGUCCCAGUGCCUGUCUACUCUGCAGUGGGCCUCCCGCCUGGAUGUCAGCUUGGAGAGCCAGCAGAUCCUCCUGCAGGGUGACAGGAGAGGCAGAGAGGCAUCGAUGGGUGGCUCUUCUCCAGAGUGCCCGGUCGGAGCCCAGUCCCUGGGGUUUGGUGAGCGCAGCAUCCGCAGGAGCUUCUGCCUCAAGGAGUGUCAGCUGGAGCCUCUGAGCCUCAUCAGCCUCUGCGCCACUCUGGAGCAGUGUCCAGGGCCCCUGGAAGUCCAAUUAUCCUGCAAGAACCUGAGCGACCAGAGCCUGGAGACCUUGCUGUACUGCUUGCCCCGGCUCCCCCAGCUGCGCCUGCUGCAGCUGAGCCAGACAGGGCUGUCCCCAAGAAGCCCCUUGCUGCUAGCCGACGUCUUCAGCCAGUGCCCACGGGUUCAUAAGGUGGAUCUCAGGUCCCUGUCUCACGCAGCGCUGCACUUCAGACCUGGCGAGGAGAAGGGAGGCGUGUGCUGUGGGUUUAGGAGCUGCGGCCUGAGCCUGGAGCACGUGGAGCCCCUGUGCUGCUUGCUGAGCAAGUGCGGAGACCUCAGCCAGCUGGACCUCUCGGCAAACCUGCUGGGCGAUGACGGUCUCAGAUGCCUCCUGGAACACCUGCCGCAGGUGCCCCUCUCGGGGUCGCUUGACCUGAGUCACAACGGCGUCUCCCGGGAAGGUGUGCUGCAGCUGCUGGAGACCCUGCCCGCCCGCCCGCCGGUCCGCGAGGCCUCCGUGAACCUGGGCUCCACGCAGGACUUCUGGAUUCACUUCUCCAAGCAGGAGGAGACCAAGCAGACGACACUUAGGCUGAGCGAGUGCAGCUUUGGGCCAGAGCACGUGCCCAGACUGGCCACCAGCCUGAGCCAGGCCCACCAGCUGACAGAUGUCACGCUGAGCCGGUGCUGCCUGGACCUGAAGCAGCUGACCCUCCUUCUGCGUCUGCUGAGGCCACCGGCAGGGCUGCUCCACCUCAGGGUGGAGGAGCCGUGGGUGGGCAGCGCGGGGCUGCCCGCCCUGCUGGAGGCCUGCGCCCGGGCCUCGGGCCUCGUCACUGCACUAUGCAUCUCGGAGACCCAGCAGCAGCUCUGCGUCCAGCUGGACUUUCCUCGCCGGGAAGAGAAGCCAGAGGCUGUGGCCUCCAGGUUGGCUCACUCUGACCUUGUCAGACAGCUGAUAGAGACAUGUGCCAGGCUGCGGCGGCUCAGCUUGUCCCAGGUUAACCUCCGUGAUACCAGCAAUGGAAGCUCCCUGCUGCAAAGCCUCCUGCUGUCCGUCUCAGAGCUGAGGAGCUUCCGGCUGACCUCGAGCUGCGUGAGCCCCGAGAGCCUCGACCACCUGGCAUCUGGCCUGGGCCACUGCCACCACCUGGAGGAGCUGCACUUCUCCGGCAACUGGCUCAGUGAGGAGGGCACCUGGGCACUGAUGGGGGCUCUGCAGGGGAUGUGCAGGCUGAAGAGACUCGACCUCAGUCACCUUCUGCUGGGUGACUCCAUGCUGGACAAGCUCACGCAAGGACUCAGCCACAUGACCCUCCUGCAGAGCCUCCGACUGAGCGGGAACAGCAUUGGUGACGUCGGCUGCUGCCACCUUUCCGAAGCUCUCAGAGCUGCCACCAGCUUGGAGGAGCUGGGCCUGAGCCACAACGGGAUUGGAGAUGCCGGGGCCCAGCACUUGGCCACCAUCCUCCCAAAGUUGCCUGAGCUCAGGAAGAUAGACCUCUCAGCGAAUGGCAUCGGCCUGGCGGGGGGAGCACAGCUGGCCGAGUCCCUCCCCCUCUGCAGGAAGCUGGAGGAGCUGGUGCUUGGCUGCAACGCUAUGGGGGACCCCCCUGCCCGGGGACUGGCUCGGGGACUGCCCCAGCACCUGAGGGUCCUGCACCUGCCUUCCAGCCAUCUGGGUCCGGAGGGGGCGCUGAGCCUCUGUCGGGCCCUGGACGGAUGCCCAUGCGUGGAAGAGAUCAGCUUGGCGGAGAACAGCCUGGCUAAAGGGCUCCCACGCUUCUGCAAGGGGCUCCCGAAGCUCCAGCGGCUGGACCUGGUCUCCUGUGACCUUGACAACCAGGCCGCCAAGGGCCUCGCCGCCAGCUUCACGCUCUGUCCAGCCCUUGAGGAAAUCCUGCUGUCCUGGAAUCUUCUCGGGGACGAGGCAGCGGCCGCGCUGGCCCAGGUUCUGCCCCGGAUGGGCCGGCUGAAGAGAGUGGACCUGGAGAAGAAUCAGAUCACAGCUUAUGGAGCCUGGCUUCUGGCAGAAGGCCUGGCCCAGGGGCCUGGCAUCCAAGUCAUCCGCCUCUGGAAUAACCCCGUCCCCGCUGACGUGGCCCAGCAUCUGCAAAGCCAGGAGCCCAGGCUGGACUUCACCUUCUUUGACAAGCAGCCCCAGGCCCCUCGGGGUACUUGAUGGCCCUCUGAAGACCCUCGGGAUCCAGCCAAGCAAUGCCCACUUCAGCCUCCAGGAGAGAGGGCUCAGGAACGAGCCUCAGAGCCUGAGCCGGCUGUCCUGCGCCCCGCACCAGCGGGCGGGCUGGCUCGUCUUGCUGGCCCUCAGGGAGGACGUUUCUGGGGGACUGAGAGCUUGGUACGGCCAAAGGAGGUCCCUGCCUUAGGCGCGACCUGCGUGAGCGGCGGGGACGUGUGGCACAGUGAGGGUGUCAUGAUGUAGCUGUGACACAGAAGGUCACACACGGCAGCCCAUACGGGACUCUUGACAUGUGGCCCUGCGGGGAACUUGUCACAUGUCACCUGGUCGGUGGCACGAGUCCUCGCAGUACAAGUGUCAGGACACACGAUUGGUCCUGCCGUAGGCGGCACAUGAGAAGCGUUCAUGCCACAUGACACAUGGCCUGCCAGAUGACCUCAGGCUAGUGCAGGAUCUAAUUUAUUACUUUUUAAAAAGCAAACAUUUAUUUAUAGAUUGUGUUUCCAGAGCAGCUGCUCCAGGAAGAGACUCCCCGCCUGAGCCGGGGAGAGACUAUCUCAGUACUGUCUGGCCCUGUGGACCAACGUCCAGGGCUCUGGGCCACCCUGGGGACUUAGCAUGAAGUCCCCUGCUGCCUCCAUCCCCCAUCUCCCUAUAACGAGGCGACCUGCCCCCAUUGGUGCUGGGUUUCUAAGGACUCUGGACCCAGGUCCAGGUAGAACCAACUGACCUUGGGAGAGAUCAGGCCCAUUCUUCCUAUUUAAGGGAAAAGCCCGGUGUAAGGGCACGAGGGUGGGCACUCGCAAAACAUUAGGCAAAGCUGCUGUCUUCGUCCACUACCCUGGGGGUCCAGGCGAGUCUCUGGGGGCACCACAGUAUUCUUGUGACUUCAAGCAGAGCCAAGGAUGGUCAAGUUUGACAAUCUGUGGAUUGUCUUCCAGCACCCAGCUUGAGUCUGAUGUCCCCUGCUACCCCACAGAGGGUGGAAUGGUUCAGCCCUGAACCAGGGACUGGAGAACAGAACGGACAACAGGUGUGCUGAGAGGGAGGAGGGGUUCAAGCUCAGACUCUGCCUCUGGAUGUCACGCAAUGGAGGGCAGGUCACCUCCUCUCUCCAGACCUCACCUGCAACAGGUGUUACGGAAGUGGGAAAUGUUAAAAAACCUAACAUUUUUUAUUUGACUUGCAUCCUAUUAAACCCUUUUUAUA